AUGGGUGCGGCAAUCUCCACCUGCUGGGCAGCUAUGCCUGCCAGCACAGAAUUCUAUCCCCCAACUCCACAGGUAUACACUUGUAUCCUCAACAUCUUCCAAUACUUCCCCCUAGUGACAGUAUUCCAAUGGCUUCUCUCCUGGCAUCCGGCAGGUAAAACUUCCAACAAUUCCAUUCUCAAUAUUCCAGGUCGUAUAGCCUGGUGCGCCAUGGAGAUCGUCGGGCCUGUAAACCUGAUCUACAAUCUGAUGCUUCCAUCGCCCUCCUCACCAGCAAUUGGUGAUCUCCCCUGGCCUAAUGUCCUCGUAGCAGGACUAUAUUGUAUCCACUACUUCAACCGUUCAAUUAUCUCCCCCUUCUUCUCUGCCCCAAGCAUGUCCCCAAUCCACCCAUUCGUCAUGACAUCCGCCAUGGCAUUCAACUGGUUCAACUCAAGCUGUCUAGUCGGAUGGAUACGCGGAUACACCAUUCCAACCAUUCCAAGCUUCCACGCCAACGAAAAUAGUCCCCACGCCCGCCCUGGCAUUGUGGAUUUCAUCCCAACGGUGGGCGUGCUCCUCUUCGCCAUUGGCAUGGCAGGAAACAUUUAUUCAGAAACAGCCCUUUUCCGCUUCCGCCGCGAAGAAACAGAGAAACGUCUAGCCAAGAAAUCGGAUGACGCUAAGGCUGGCACUACUGCAGGGCAAAUCGAUGGAGGCAGCCGCAACAAAUUCCAUAAAGUCUACGUCAUCCCGCCUACGCGUGGUGUUUUUAGAUAUAUUCUUUACCCGCACUAUGCAUUCGAGUGGCUUGAGUGGUUUGGCUUUGCUUUGGCUGGUACGGCGGUUCUGAGUCUGUCGACUGUUCCUGCUGGUGCGCCUUCCGCUGCUGUGGUUCCGCCGCUUCAUCUUGCGCCUUGGUUGAUUCCUGUUGCUUGGGGUGCUGAUAAGCUUGCUUUGCAGUUGCCUUUGCCUGCUGUCAUUUUUGUUGUUAAUGCUGUUACUAAUAUGCUUCCUCAUGCGCGCUGGGGAAGAAAGUGGUAUGUUGAAAAGUUUGGAGAAAAGGGUGUUGCUGGAAGAGGUGCGGUUGUACCAGGCUGUGCGUGGAUGUGA